AUGCCUAUGACAAAGGUCUAUUUGGGUACUAUCAUCGACACGCCCAAGCUUGGCGAGCUUCGUGUCAUCGAGCAUGCUGCCGUGUUUGUGAACAAGAAGGGUGUCAUCACCCGGAUCAUGGACAUCUCAGACAAGUCAUUUUCAGAAGGUCGUACGGCAGUGAUGAGAGAGACGUUAUCCUCGGAGGAAGCGGGCAUUGAGAUUGUAGAUCAAGACUGGAUGGAAGAUGAUGAAGGAAAUGUGGUGCGAAAAUUCUGGUUUCCAGGAUUCGUUGACACACACACGCACCCUUCUCAACAUCCCAACGCAGGUAUCUUCGGCAAAUCGACCCUCCUCGAUUGGCUGAACACCUACACCUUUCCCCUCGAAUCAUCCCUGUCAUCACCCGCCAAAUCUCGCGCCGUCUACACAUCCUUCCUAACCACCUCCCUCCGCUCCGGCACAACCACAGCAUCCUACUACGCCACCUCCUCGACCAUCUCCACAAACACCCUCGCCACCCUCUGCCACGCCCGGGGCCAACGCGCCUUCAUCGGCCGCACAAACAUGGACACGGACCUCCAACCCCCCUACUACCGCGACGCCUCCGCCUCCUCCGCGCUCGCCGCCACCGCCGCCACAAUCGCACACAUCAAAUCCCUCGACCCCACCUACGACCUCAUCAAACCAAUCAUAACACCGCGCUUCGCGCCCAGCUGCUCUGAGGAGCUCUUAGCCGGGCUUGGCUCGCUGGCAGAAAAAGAGGACUUACCAAUCCAAACGCACAUCUCUGAGAAUCUGGACGAAGUAGCGCUUGUGCAGCGGCUGUUCCCCGGCAAAGGCGCGGGCACGUACGCGGGCGUGUACGACCACUACGGCCUACUAGGUCCGAAGACGGUGUUGGCGCACGCCGUCCACCUUUCCCCGCGGAGCGCAAACUCGUGCGCGAAAGAGGCGCGAAGGUCGCCCACUGUCCCCGGCUUGUGUCCCGUGCGAGCGCUCCUGGAUGACGGGAUCGAAGUGGGCUUAGGCACGGAUGUGAGUGGGGGGUUCAGUGGGAGCAUGUUGAGCGCGGCGAGGGAGGCGGGGAUUGUGAGUCGGGUGUUAGCGGGGGUGGAGGCGAGAGGCGCAAGCAUCGAAGGUGAGGCAGUCGGGGAGGGGAAGGCCAAGCAGCGCGAGAAAAGCGAUCGCGUAAAACUGAGCCCGGAAGAAUGCCUCUACCUCGCCACGCGCGGGGGCGCCACAUGUCUCGGUCUCGGCGACAAAGUCGGCGCGUUCGAGGUCGGGAUGGAGUGGGAUGCGCAACUCAUCGGGCUCAAUGAGAUGCGCUGGGAGGAGCAGCAGGCCGCCACCACUAUGUCUGGCGUUGAACCGAGCAACGAGACGGACGAAGAGAGGAUGAAGCGUUUAGCGAAGGAGAUACGGGAGGAGGUGGAGGGUGGGGGUGGGGAUGGGGAUGGGGGGAGAGAGGUCGUUGAUGGGAGCGAAGGGCUGGUGGAGCUGUGGGGGAAGGAGACUUGGAGUGAGAGGAUUGCGAAGUGGGUGUUUUGCGGGGAUGAUAGGAAUACGAGACGGGUUUAUGUGAGGGGGGAUAUGGUGCAUUCGUUGGAUGGGUAG